GCAGCGGCCUGGGGCGUCGCAGAUACCCGGGAGGGGGCUCCCCGGGAGCAGCAGCCAAUACGACAUGGAGUCCUCCCGUGGUGCGGCGGCGGCAGCACCCGGCCUGCCGCCGCGACCCACGCAGGCGCCGGAUCGGCGGGCAGCUCCCACGCAGGCAGCAGCCCCUGCACCCCUGCCGCUAGCAGCCUCCACACUGCCACCCAGGGGUCCCACGCAGCCUCAACCCCCACCGGCACGGCAGCCGCAGCACGCACAGCCUGCGGACAUGGCAGCCCCACGGGUCAGGGAGGUCCCAGUGGCGCCAGCUCCCGCCGGGGCCGCCAGGCCUCCCUCCCUGCUGAAGCCCCUCCUCAACGCCAUCCUGCAAGACGACCCCGCGGACGCCGACCAGCCCGGAGCCCCGCCGGCAGCCGCUGCCGACCGGCACGAGGGUCAGAUGAGCGCGGCUGCGGGUGCGCAGGCGUCGUACAACCCGCCGUACAGCACUGCCAGCGUGCAGGUGCCACAGCCGGGGUGCUCCGCAGCCGACCCGGCAGCCAUGGGCCCGGGCACCGCGGGACCGCACGACUCCGCGGGCACAUUUGCGUCUGUCGCCGGAGCCUGCGAGGAAGAGGAGGAAGCGGAUGGGCCACGUGCCGGUCCGGCUGCACCCGACGGCCCAGGGUGGGCUGCUCCCAUGGCCGGUGCUGGGGCUGCUGGGGCCGCCGGCGCCCCGGCUGCGGCUCCCGAGCACGCGGGCGCCACUGCGCUGCUGAUGCAAUUCCUGGAUAACCACCAGCUGGUGCCGGACAUGGUCGCGUCGCAGCUGGACAUGCCCUUCCCGCUGCUCAUGUCGGGGCCGCUGGGGGGCGAGGGCGCGCAUGCGGGCGGCCCCACGCUGUCAGAGGCAUCCAGGCAGCUGCCGGCCUCUUCGCUGUCCAUGAAACCCCCGGAGGGCGAUGUGGCGGGCGGUGCGGGUGCGGGCAGGCGCUCCCGCAAGCGCAAUGCAGCUGCCUCGGUGGGCGAGUCCGUGGGUGCUGUGAGCGGCAAGAUGACCAGUCUGCCGGGACGCCGUGGUCGGAGUGUGGACGAGGAAGACGGCUUUGGUGUGGCCAUGUCGCAGCAGGUGGGCUACGAGGCAGUAGCGGCCGCCCCGCCGCCCCGCACCACGCGCAGCUCCUCGCGGGCCAGGCGGUGAUGCGUGGAGGGGCGGGUGUACGGCGGAAAGGGCUUUGUUUAGGCAUCCUAUGUGUGUUCGAAGGCAAGCCUACGUUCGGUGACCGUUGCUGAGCAGACGGAGCGGUUCGGUGUACCAGGCAACGCCCGCUUACAACCGUGCAUGGCAGCUACUGGCGCCGAAGCCUUGUGCCACGAAUGCGUGCCGGCAGCGUGCCGCAGUGACAUCUGGGCGGAGAGUUUCCUAGAGUGCUUCACAGCUCAAAUCGCUAGGGUAUUUAAAUGUGGGAUGGUGAUUGCUAUGGGCAUGGCGCUGAUCUUUCAGCGCAGUCAUGCUGCCAUGCUGCUUGGCAUUAUGCUUCGUAUGCGCUGCCGGAUGGAUAGCUGUAGUGUUGGGGAAUGGCGGUGGUCGCGUCUGCUGCCGGAUCUGCGGUUUGUUAUGUAUCGUGAACGCGG